UUUAUUUUCAGGACCAUUAGCCCUGAUUAUUUGUAUUUCUGAUAUUCCGGAAUUUCGUGAAAGCUAACAUGGCGGACAGGGGACAAGGUUGGCCAACUCAGCAGAAUGAGUCUGCCAUCAUUGAACUUGGUGAUGUGAAUGACCCAGAUGAUGGAUCAGAUUAUGAAACAGAUGUAUCCAAAGGUCCAAGAGAAAGCAAAAGAGAAAGAACUUUUGAAGAGGAUGCCAGAAAGAGAUUGACAGACAAUGUUACUCAAAUGGUAUGGAAUGCAGGAACUCAACAAGCUAAGCGUGCCUGGAGCCUGUAUGGAAACAUUGAUAUACUGCGACCUUACUUUAACGUGGAACCUCAUGAAGUUCGCACAAGACUUGUUUAUUCAUUUAUACCCAGAAUGCCUUCAUCAGAAAAACAGAGAGCCUACAGAGAAUUAUAUGGACCUCUAAUGGUGGUCUUCACACUGAUAGCUUUGCUCCUGUUUCAGAUGAAAGCUGCAGAACACAAAGUGGAAGAAGGCACACUGAUGGGAACCGCCUUUGGGGUGUGCUUCACGUACUGGUGGGGGACGUCAGCUCUCAUGUGGUUCCUCUCCUAUGUUUGUAAUGCACAUGUCACCAGCAUCCAGCUGUUGUCACUUCUGGGCUACGGUCUGACUGGUCACUGUGUGGUCAUUCUGCUCGGGACUCUGAUUCACACGUCACAUGACCAUCUCUUCUUUUAUCUCUUAUGGGCAGUGUUUGGAGGACUGUCCACAUUAAAAAUGGUAGCAGUGAUUGCAUCACGAACUCAUGGGAAAUCUCAGCAGAUAAUUCUGGCCUGUACAUUGGCAGCCAUUCAUCUCUUAUUUCUGCUUUAUCUACAUUUUGCUUAUCAUCAGAUUGUUGAAGACUUGUCUCGAGUCCUGGAUUCUGAUCCCAUAAUCAAACACCCCGUAAUAAACAGCGUCAAUAAGGUGACAGAUAAUAAACUUCCUACGGACAUAUCAAACUCACGCCUUGCUAACGAAGGGGUGAAACUGGUCAACAAAACAUUGGUGAACAUUCCUAAAUUGGUAUCCAAAGUGGCUGGUAACAAAACUCACUGACACACAAGAGGGAAGGAUCCUGAUAUCUAAAUCUGGAGAAGACAAUCCGGCCAUUUUACAGAUCGAUUCUUCAAGGUCUCUCACAAAGCUUCCUGUAAAAGGAAGGGACAAUGUAAUCCAAUCUUCUCCGAGGCUAUUUAUAAACUGUUUUAUCGUGAUAAACUGUGAUCAUGAUGAACUGUAACGGACACAAUAUUGUCUUUAUAGAUCUGCUUGUCUGAAAGCAAGAGAUGGUGGCUUCCCUGAUGUAUAUAUUGUUUUAUUCUAAUGACCUGUGAUCAUGCUACAGAGACACAUCAAUCUUUCAAUGUAUAUUUUGUCUAUCAGUGUUGUAUAUAUUAUGUCACGACUAUUAAAUUAUUGAAUUAAUAAAUGUAUUUACAUGUA